GGGGAACUGUGAACCCCGCGGGGCGCUGGAGGAGGCCGUCUGCCCGCAGCGCGGCCCAGCCCUACCUGCCCGGCCGCUGGGUCCCCGCAGCCCCGUGCUGCGCGUGUCCCUGGGCAGAGAAGCGGCCCAACGGGGCGGCCACGGUCGGGUGCUCCUGGUGCGCGUGCAAGGGGCUGCGCGGAGCAGGGGCUGGGCGGCGGGCCUCUCUCUGGAGGCGGCUGGCUUUCAGAAAUUAAAAUCGAACCAGAACGGUCAAAAGGCCUGGAAAGCCAGCAAGAAUUACAAAUAGGGAUUGAAAGCUAAAGAGAGAGAAAAUCUUAAUUAGAUCUCCACCAACCUGUAGAGAAACACAUUUGGAUUAAAAUGAAAUGGAGCUUUGUACUCUCAGGGUUUCUGAGCAAGAAUGGAAGAGGAAUUAUUCACAAUUGCUAUUUGUGAAGCUGGAUUGCUUUUUCUGUGAACUUGUCUUUUUAAAUUUUCACCUUGUCAGAAAACGGUGAAAAGCUGCUGGGAUGGUGUAUUUGGGAUAGUUCUUAUCACAGGACACGGCAGAAACAUUUCCAUGGCUGCAGAACACAGGCAGAGUUUCCUAUUUAAUCCUCCUCCCCAGGGUAACUCCAUUGCUCAUUUCGUAGGCCAGCCUGUCCACCAUUCAGUGGAGUUCAGCAAAACUUGCCUUCUAUUUCACCACCACAGAUAUUUUCUCUUUGUGAAUAUCUAUCAAUAUUUAAUACAGUGGUGUCGGUUUUGCCGUAAGAUGAGAGGAACUACUAGAAACCUUGAAUUAUACAUGGUGUGUCUGGGGGAAGCUGAGGAGAGUUUUCUUUUGGACCCAAAGCUCUUCCAGUUGAUCUCCAGGACCUGCGACUUGAAAUCAUAAGCAUGGAUGAGCACCAGAAGAAGCUCAACCAAAGGCACGAGGGAAGGCCCCGCAAAGUGAGGUUCAAAAUAUCAUCAGCCUACAGCGGUCGAGUGCUAAAACAAGUCUACGAGGACGGGCAGGAGCUGGAGCCCCCGGCCAAAGAGCAGUCUCGGCGUUUCCUCCGGCACAGCUUCGAGCCGGGGAACCGUCCCUGCGCGGCGGGGGACGCGGCAGAAGGCAGGCUGUGCCCGCCAGCCAAGCUGAGUGCCCAGCGGAUCAGCAUAUUCAAAGAGGAUAAGACAUACAGCCUCGCCAGCACCUCGCCUCUCUUCAGCGACUGCCCCUCGAGUGACGGCCGCUGCAGGGCUUCCCCAGUCAUAGAUUUUGGCAAGAUCAUCAUCUACACAAAUAAUCUGAAAAUCAUCCGUGCACCAAUGGACCAGAAAGAGCUCAUGAGAAGAAUCAUCCAGACUGAGGGAGUAAAUGACUGGGCCUUUAUAUACCAGGGAAGGAAAGACAGAAUUGGCACUGGGCAUAAAAAAGAGGUGGAGAAAAAGGCUGCCUGCAACCAGUAUAUGCAGGGAGGAGAUGCUGAACACACUUGUUCCCAGUGUAAAGGAUCGGGUUCUGCUCCUUGCUCGCUGUGCCAUGGAAGCAAGUUUUCAAUGCUGGCAAACAGAUUUAGAGAGUCCUACAGGGCUCUCCGAUGUCCAGCGUGCAAUGAAAGCGGCCUGCAGCCCUGCCAGAUCUGUGCUGCGUGAGCAGAGCUGCAGCAGUCCACAAGCACCACACCGAUAUUUUGUGGAGAACUUUGAAUUGUUUCAUCUUCAAGCAGCCUCGCUCUAACAGAAAGUUUUUAAAGAUGAGAAAGGCACCUUAUACAAGUCUCACCAUAAAUGCGAACACAGCACCUCUGCUACCAACUGUUCCUCGUUACACACAUCUGCUCAACUUUGCAAUCGGCCCAGACCCCGUUCUGCAAACAUGCUGCCUGUAGCCCUGUGGGGUGAACAUACCCAGGCCGCUACACGACAUGAUCUGCACUUAGAUGUGAAGAACCUGCGUAAACGUCUCCUGCAUCAGGAGCUCGGCCUGGGUCUGCCGGCACUGCCCGUCAGUGCUGUUGGCAGCGCAGCCGGAUCCCCCCCAGCAGGCACUGUGGUAGCACAACUAAAAGCAGAAUAGGCGCAGCUUGGGCACGUCGUUAGCAGUCAGGGUGUGAAGUCUGUAUGACAGCAGGGCAGAAUCAGAGUGGUGCCUCCUCUGGGUUUUAAUUUGCUGAACAUUUUAACAUUACACCGUCUUUUGUGAUUAACUCUGAACUUGCCUUGCACAAGCGUUUCCUGAAGAUUUUGCUGAUUCUUACAUCUGCGUUAACGGACAGAAGGAUUCCUGUGGGGUCUGAUUUACGGGGGGAAACUGAAAACUCUUCCCAGAUCUAGAGCUAUAAAAAUGCACGGUAAUUUAUUAUUAUAAACAGAAGUUAAUAAGUUUUUAGCCUACUUAUGAGGAAGUGCUGAACUAAAAUUCCCCUCUACAAUGCUCAGCACUUUUCAGGAUCAGGCUGGUGGUGAGCAGGAUUUCUGUUGCUUAAUAUUAAUCCCAUGUUGUAAUCUGCAAGAGGUAAACUCUAAUUAGUUGAGGUGAAGCAAUGAUGCUGAAUACUUUGCAGGCUGCCACUGGUGGUGCAGAACACAAGGGCUUCAAAAGGUGGAGGCAAACGGGAAAUUUUAUUUUAUUUUUUUCCUUCCCAUAGCCUUAAAUCAUUACAUUUCAUAUUCAUGAGUAAUGGUAACGCAGCCUUAACUCGCAUAUUACCUCUGAGACUGACGAGUUAAGAGGCUGCUCGCGCUUUCUUUGUGCUGAGGUUGCAAGCUUAGGCAGGGUAGUUUAUGGCCAAGUUUCUACUUCUCUAUGGUAGGCUAUAAAAUUUCUCCCCAAUACUUAAAUUACUAGAAAUAAUGCCCUGUUAGCUCUUAGACUUCCAUAUGUCUCCUACUGAAAUUUUUCAGUGGGUACCAAGGGUUUAAUUAAAAAUAAAUAAAAAUAUACCAGAUA